CAUCGGUUGGUGGAUCGUAAAGCUUGCAAGUCCCCAUGCACGGAGCACACGGUGUAUAUAUACAUAUACAGAUAUACUCCUAGCAGAGAGUGAAGCAAGGAGCAUCCACACACACACCCCACCCCUCCCCCCUUCCCCCAGAUCGGACACAUUUUGGGGUCUGCGCCGGCACUGCAAGCAGGAGCGAUGGCUGGAGUGCCGAUGCUGAUCGAAAAAUUCUUGCCGCCAGUGCAGUUACUGCUGCUCGUUAGCCUUGUGCUUCAAGUCAUCCUCUUCCUCUGCGCCAGGGUACGUCGGAUUGAUACCUCCGACAGCUGGCUGCGGUGGCUACUCCUCUGGCUGGCGUACAAUUCCGCCGAUACCUUUUCCACAUUUACCAUGUCCCGAUUGGGGUUCGCCAAAAGUAACCACCCACUUGUCCUGCUAUGGGCACCAUUCCUUUUGCUGCACCUUGCCGGUCCAGACAACAUCGCGGCCUAUGCAUUGCAAGACAACCAACUCUGGCUUCGCAGCCUGCUAACAUCUAUCUCCCGGGUCAUCGGAGGAGCCUAUUUCCUUUACGUAAAUGGAGAUGGCAGCGGGAAUUUUGUUCUGCCUGCCUCCUGGAUGAUGUUUGGUGUGGGUGCUGUUAAGUACUUAGAGAGGUGGUUGGCACUGCAGCGAGGCAACCUCGACAGCAUCCGAGACUCGGUUAAAAAGGACCAAUUCACUAUGCAUCGUCAUGCUCACCCACAAGACAUAGAGUUGAACAACAAGGGAUAUUUGGACGAGGAAUCCCAUCUGCGACGAGCUCACUUGUUGAUCGACGUUUGCAAACGUGCGAUAGUUGGUUCUUCAGAAAAGAACCAAGACAUGGAUAUAAUGUUGAGGAAAGUCGAAUACUGGACACUUGUAGAGAUGGAGCUCUCCAUAAUGUAUGAGAUCUUGUACACCAAGGCGGCUGUGAUUCACACGUGGCACGGUUACUCCAUCCGUGUCUUGUCGCCACUCGCCAUUUUAACCUCGCUGCUGCUGUAUCAGUUCAGUGGAGAAGCAGACUGGCACAGAGGACUACUUGACACUGCUGUCACAUACGUUUUGUUUGUCGCUGCCUUGUCCAUGGAGUCAAUUUCCCUGCUGAACACGCUGGGGUCCUCAUGGAUGUUUGCAUACCUGACUUCCACUGAAUUCUCAUGGCUUAGAUACAAAGUCCUGCGUAAUAGGAAAUGGCACUUGCUUCGGAAUCAGAUUGUUUCUAUCAGCCGUCUUGUCACUUGUGGACGAAGCAGGUACCAAGCAAGGAGGUGGUCUGGCAACAUGGGACAGUACAACAUGCUGCACUUUUGCACUCGCCCUGACACUCUCCUCAUCGGCCGUCCUCUGCUCGGCACGCUGUUCGAGCUGGUGGGACUCGAAGAGUUGUGGAACAGGAAGCAUUUCUCCGGGACCAUUAAUUCUUUGCACCAUGGCUCAAUCCAAUGGUGUAUCGGUCGACACGCUCAGCUGCUGUACACGGAAGAGGGAUUAAACACACUGGGAAUGGUCAUACGUCCCUGGGCCAUGACAGCACUGUCACGUCAUAACCUGGAAGUGAAUUUCAAAGGGUACCUUGGCGUUGAGUUUCAGGAGGGCGUCAUCAUAUUGCACAUCGCCACGGAUAUUUUCCUGGCCGAGUGCAAGAGUGCCAACCGCAAGGGGGAUCAUCUUGCGAAGGAGAUCAAGGCGCUGUCCAAUUACAUGAUGUACCUUCUUGUAGAACUCCCUGACAUGCUGCCAGGCAUCGCCCAAAGAAAGUUGUACGAACGGAUCUGUGACGCUCUCACGAAGGACGUGAGCAAUCGCCCAAGAAGUAUUUGUGCGUUGCUCAGGAGUUUGUUCCGCUACCACGAUGACCCAGCUGGCUCUAAUUCCAGGGCCGACGACAGUAAGAUGCUUGCCGAAAAGUUAUACCUUACAAAUAAAGGUCAAGAGUUCAUCUUCGAGACUGAUCAACUUACCUAUUCAGUUAGAGUUGCCGAAGAACUGCUGAAAUAUCAGAAGGAACAUGGUCCUAUUAAGUCGUUGGAUCUGUUGCUUGAAGUGUGGGCGGACAUGCUCGUCUAUGCAGGGAACAAAUGCAGCAGGGAGUCACAUGCAAAACAGCUCGGCAGUGGCGGCGAGUUGACAACCAUCGCGUGGCUAUUCCUGGAACAGUUCCACCAAGUUGGACGCGAGUACGACGGCCACAUAUAGGUUCCGCUGAUGAUGAUUAGAGUACAGAGCCAAAUCCUUGUUUUGAUUACUUCUAGCCAUAUUGGAUUGUAUGUUGUUACUAAUAUAAGUUUGGCGCGUUUCAUUGA